GCCUGCGCUUCGUUUUAAGCGGUUCUCCCACGAGCUCCGGGAUUCAGUCACUUAACACACGCGCACCGAGCAGAGGCACGAGGAGACCAGUCUGUCCCCGCGGCUUCCGUAGAUCAUCAACCCUGCGUGUAUGUGUGUGUUUGCUGUAAAUGACACAGGAGUGUUUUCAUGCUGGAGGACAGUGUGUGUCUGCGUGUGUGUGAACGCACAGGACUACAACCCUGCACCUGAGUUUUGGGAAACUUCACCUGAGGCGCACGAGUGUCGUCGUUUGCAUGAACGCGUGCAGAUAAAAGCAGUGGAUGAAACUUCUCUCCAUUCGUAGGAGAAAGGCGGACGAGAGGGAGACGACCACAGCUGGUUCCACCUCGGCUGACGUCUCGUCCAAACGCACCAUGUCCCUCAGCACUUUCCACCUCGUGCAAACGCUCAAGAACUCCCCGGCCGCCUUCCGCCGCCGCUUCCGCCGCGACCGCACCGAGUCCCUGUCCCACGGCGACCCCCUCUUCAAGGUCCACUACCUGGGCACGGAGAAAAUCUUCUCCCUGGACCGAGAGCAGGCCCAGGACGCCAUCAGCCACCUGGUGGACGGCAUCGCCAACGGGAAGAAGCUGAGCAAGGACCACGCCCUGGUGGUGCGCCCCAGGUACGUGGAGGUCAAGGAGCUGAGCACCGGGCGGCAGCUCACCAAGACCUACCUGCAGGACAUCGCGUACUGCGCCGCCGACGCCACCCGGCCCAACGUCUUCCUCUACAUCUGCAAGCAUCAGGGCCAGCAGCUGCAGUGCCGGGUGUUCUGGUGCAGCCGGGCGGAGCGGGCGCGGGACAUGACGGAGUGCCUGGCCCACUCCUUCCAGCAGGCGCUCAGCGACCUGCAGCAGGACGGCUCGGCCACGCUGACGCCCGGGGAGGCGAAGGGGAAACGGGUGGAGGAGUCGUCCAACUCCCCGACCCUCAACAAGAGCUCCACCCUCCCCACCAGUCUGGGAAAAGUUCGCUGGAAGAAGCGCGGCUCGGUGUCCCGCAGCCCCCUGAGGGCCAUCACCAGGAGGGGCUCGGCCUCCGACAGCUGGAACUGAGCCCCGAGCCCCUCGAGCACGAUGGGAACACAACGACGUAACGACAACCUCAACGACGACAAGCACUGACGGGAGGGAGGGAGAGAAUUAUACAAGACAGAGGAGAAGGAAGGAAGGAAGGACGACGGGUGGGGGGGGAAGUCCAUAUUUGGACGGCGUGUGUGAGAGGACUCUGCUUGUGAGAGGAUGUUGAGUGUGUGGACUCGGAGGUUUGUGUUGCAGCGCAGGCGUCUGUUGACGUGUGCGUCCACUGCAGCACAAGACGCCACUGACGGCUUCCUUUGUUCGUCUGAGGCUGGAGCUGAGACGUUCGAGGACCAGGCUGAGUCACGUCUGAGGCUCUCUCGUCAGCUGGUUUGUUUUCAAGGACUCCACUUGAUGCUGAAGCCUCUGAAGAUGUGUUACUUGUUGGGAAAAGACGAUUAAACCCAACAACGACGCUGGGUGUCGGUCGAGUGACGCGCAGGGGAAACUGGAAAAAGACGACGAGAGACCGGAUGUUUCUCAAUCCUGAGUUUCUUUUUAUUAUUUAACUGACAAUCGUGACUGGUCAUGAUGAUUUUAUUUGGACUGACAAAAAGCAGACUUUUAAUCCACGGCAGUUUUGGACAAGUAGAUCUAGAUACAGCAGAAGAUAUAGGAGGAAAAUGCUGGCAGACAAAAGUGGUCAUCUGUCUCAGACACACAAGUCAAUUCCGAGCGCUUUCCAAGUUCCCAACUGUAAAAUCUGACACCUGAACACAUCACAGUUCAAUCCCGACUCAUGAGGUUUUAUAAUUUCCUCCUAAAGUUUGCGGUGUGCUUUUCUGAGUUGUGACGACGGGCCGGUUACCUGCGUCACAAACAAACAAACAAGCAUUAGAUCAUUUUGCAGAACUUGUCAACAGUUACCUGCAAAACCACAGCUCCCAGUCUGUCCACAAAGAUAAAUGAUUUGCAUUUUUUAUGUUGAGAAAAACAAGUUGGGCCAUGAGUCGCCAGUUUGUUUGUGUCUGAACACUGGGAACGCUGUGUUCCCGAGCGGGGGAAUGCACCUGCAUUCCAGUGGAGGAAAUCUGAGAUGGCCAAUCUUCUCAAAAAAACGCCCGGACUUCUUUCUACACAUCCGCCCGUGACUCUGCAUUUGGAGCAGCCUCACGAGGAGACGUCAGAAUGUGCUUCUUGAACUCCCAGGCCCUCGACUGGUUCACAUUACCAACGCCAUAAAAGGUGCCCUCACGACUCCUCAGUCCAUUCUGAGUGGAGGUUGUGGGCUCUGAUGUGUGACCUCCUCUCACGAUGGCGUUUUCUGUCUCCGGUUUACAAAUGAGAGACGUGAGGAUCGGUGCUGGACCCCGAGGCCACACUUUACUUAUCUUUUUUUAUUGUCUGACCAAAACUAAGCUAUAGGAAGGUGCCUGUGUGUGUUUUAUUGUUCUGACUGCUGUGCCACUUUGUUUUAUCAGUUCAAUUUUGUACUCUCAAUGUAUCUUUUACAAACGGCACAACCCUCGUCUCAGGUUGAAGUGCCUGCUUUUAAGAUUUAUUUUUAUCGAUGUACUGUUUUUGUCUUUGUACAUAUUUAAUUAAAUGUGUAUUUUAUGGAUUAUUAAAAGUUUUUAUACGA